AUAUCGUUAAUUCGUUAUAACAGAGAUCAUUCACUUUGACUACAUCUUUAAUUUGUUUUUUCUCUACACCAAUAUACAAAAGUCAAAGCUCUUGAAAAACCAAACAAAUCUUUAGAUCAAAACAGACCAAAGAAAGAGCGAGUCAAAGAAAUAAUGUCUGUAACCUUAAAGUCUCCAACUUUUAUAACCAAUUUACCGUUUGGAAAAAAGUCAAUAAAACCAACGGUCUAGUUCUUAUCAUGUCUAAAAACCACAAGCUUCUUCCUCGUCUCACGCUCCUUCUUAACCUCUCCUUUUAUUCUCCUUGUCAAUUCUCAUUCUCAACUGAUCGUAUAAUCAUUCUCACGGAGACGAGUGUGAACAAAGAAGCUUUUAGCUUUCUUUAAUCUCCCGCUUCUUGCGAAGAUUAAACGAAUCCAUUAUAGAUUCUAGAAAAAAAAAGAAAAAAAAAAACACAAAUUAAUAAACAUGGUUCGACUCAAGUUCGCAUGUCCCGUUCUUGAAAUCAAUCUAAUCUCAGCUCAAGAUUUAGCCCCUGUUUCAAGAAACAUGAAAACGUAUUCCGUCGCUUGGAUCAACACCGAUCCUAUGAGGAAACUCACCACGCGUGUUGAUCAAUCCAACAGAGCUAACCCUAUAUGGAACGAGAAGUUCGUGUUUAGGGUUAACGAUAAGAUCCUUGACGCUGACGCUUCAGCUAUUGUCAUUGAGAUUUACGCUGCGGCUUGGGCUAAAGACGCCCUUGUUGGUACUGUCAAUGUUCUUCUUAGCGAUCUUUUCGCUCCUUGGUCUGGUUUCGGCGACGGUGACGAUGGUGGUGGUGGGAACAACAAUAUGAGGCUUGUGACGCUUCAGAUCCGUCGUCCUUCCGGUAGGCUACAAGGGUUUUUACGGCUUGGCGUUGCGCUUCUUGAUGGUGGUCAACGGAGUAUGCCGUUAUCUAUUGAGGUUUUUGAUGGAAGUAGAAGAGGAGAUACGAAUAAAAGAGAUCAAGAAGCUUCAAGGAUGAUGCAUCGUCGUACAAAUAGCGAUCAAUCGGACUUAACAACGUCUACGAAUGAUUACGGAGUUAAAACAGGGGUUGUUACCAACGGAGGAGGAGGAGGAGGAGGCGGUGGUGGUCUUGUUAUAGGUGCGGAUAGUAUGGUGAACGGUUCGCUUUGUAGCUCUGAUAUCGGACCAUCAGCGUCAGUGGUCGCGGCUGCGAUUGCGCAAGGGCUUUACAACAGGCAGAAAACAGCGGUUGCGACGACGAAUAGUAAUAACAAAGAGGACGCGAGUUCGAUUCUUGAAGGGAAAACAGAGGGAAUUGAGCACAGAGUCGAACGGUGGAGAGCUGAGAAAAAAGGCGCGGUUGAAGCGGCUGGAUCAAGCGAUAAAUCUAGCGGGAAAGGGGGAGCGGGAAGGAGACGUAGGAGGAGGAGAAGAAAAGAGAAACAACAACGAGGGAGGAACGGUGGUGGAGGAGGAGAAGGUAAGAAAGGGUUGUUUUCAUGUUUCGGGAACGUGUUUGGAUGCGAGAUAUCGAUAACUUGUGGCGGUGGAAGCGGCGGAGAAGGAGACAGCACGAAGAAGAGAUAUAACAAGAAUAAAGUAGUAAAUCUUAGUGCUGUAGACGAAACGUUUAGUCAUUCUGCGGCUUAAAGGAAAAAAAAGAGAGAAAAGUGUUUAUAUUUUGUUUUUUUUUUGAAUGUGCGAAAACGUUUGAUGAUGAUGCAUGAUGGGUUAAAACUGUGAAAUUUGAAAGUAUUGAGGUGAAACGCAUGAAUAAACUUUCAGUUACUAAUAAGGGACUAAUCUGAAUAUUUGUAUAAUACUGGGGUUAUUACGAAA